UCGCUUUUUGGUCAGUUGUAGAAAUGGUCAUGGAUCAAUGCCAACAAGACUCGCAAAGCUUUAACAUCACAAAAACGAGACUGGUCAGUCACACUGAUGUUCCUGGCGCAACAUUAAAUAUGAUGUUGUAGAAACAUCCGGUAUGUUACAGUUGCUACUUCAAUUAAAACAAGUACCGUAGAUUAUAACAGAGACGGGUUUUUUCUACUCUUGAUUAAUUGCUCAGAAAUGGUCAAUGUUUUCCAUCCAAAUAUAACUGAUUGACUGCAUGCUGAAAGCGUACUGCCGGGGAAACAGCCGGUGGCUGCUGUGCGCUCAUGUCACUUCCUCGUUCCUGUGAGGAAGACGAAAAGUUUGACGGGACGGAGAAGUCCGGACGAGUGGCUUUAUUCAGCUGAUUUAACGCUAAAUGUUGGAAGUUAACAUCUAGGUCCAGUUCCUCAUUCAUCGCUCCGAACUGACACAAAGUUUGAAGCUAUGGCUGACAGCCGAGAAGAGGAGAAAAGAGGAGAGCAGGAGCCUCAGGGCGCUGCGGGAGGGGAAGAUGUCAUUGAUGAUCCCAUCCUGGAGCAAGGAGCAGUGGUCCUCAGAGGGUAUGUGAUUGAACGUAUAAACACAGAGGAGCCUGGUCGACAUGUCUCCUCUGAGGAUCUUGGAGGAAGGCCAAAUGAACAACAGGAUCCACAAAUCAAAGAAGUGGUGGAACAUCUGCUGAAGAUUGCAGAUGAGUUGAACAGGAAUGCUGAGCUCCAACGACUGAUCAACCAGGUUCAGGGCAACUGUGCUCAGGACAUCUUCAUGAAGGUGGCCAGGAGCAUCUUUGCUGAUGGCAUUAACUGGGGUCGAGUGGUGGCUCUCUUCCAUCUGGCUUACAGGCUUAUAUACAAGGCACUGACCACCAACCAUCUAGAGAACAUCAGAACGGUCAUUAGCUGGGUGCUCCAGGUCAUCAGAGAGCAGCUCUACUCCUGGCUCGUACAGCAGGGAGGCUGGGAAGGGGUGAUCCGUGGUUUUUCUCGGUGGAGAACAGUAGCCAUAGCAGCCUCAGUACUAUUGGUGGCAACUAUUGUUUACUACAGGAAGACACGCUGAGACAUCAGACCUCAUGACCUGGCCUGCAGUCCCUGCAGUCCCUCCAGUCCUGGAUAAACGCAGCUUAUUAAUAAAGACAAUUCCUGGACAUUAAUUACAACCACUCCUCAACCUCCAUCUUAUUAAGCAGAGGAAGUCAGGAACUAGGGAAAGACCUACCUCCGUUCUCAGGUUUCCAAAAAAAAAAAAAAACGCAUUUACAGCUGCUGCUCACUAGGCAUUUCCAUCAUCCUUCACUCGCAGCUAUUCAGUUCUUUCCAUGGAAUUACUAGAGCUGCUGCAACACACCCUCUGUAGCCAUAUUGGAGGUGUUCAUCCCUUGUGCCCUACCUAACUAGGUCUCAGGUCCACAUUGGUUCUUGGUGGGGCCCAACUUAAAUUUAUCCAGGUUUUAUAUCUGAGCAAAAUGUUCCUCGAUGUUCCUCUACACAGGAAUGGUCUGGCUAAUGUAACAAUACCAUGGGUAUAUACGUGGCCAUCCCUUUGCGAUAAGAGUAUGUUUUUUUUCAUCACUUUGUCAAUGAGCCUCAGUCACUGUGGCUGGGGAACAGUGACAGAAGGCACAACUCAGAGCUGUAGCAAAUGUAGAUCACUCCAUUGUUGCAUUGGAUCCUUUCACAGCAAAUAAUUGCCUUAUCAUAGCAGCAGUGUCAUGUUGACUUCCUCUUGUGGCAUUAUAGCAGAAACAGGUGUUGCAAUUAAUAAAAUUUAGAUUGUAAUAAAUUUAAGAAAUCAUGCAGAUAAUGUAACAUAGUUGUCACUAGUAAGGUUAUGUAAGGGAUGUAUAUAUUUACGUAUCUUAAGUUGUCUAUACAGACAACAGUGAAUAAGCCCUGGACACUGGGAAUAAGUCUUGCUAUCACACAACUCUGUCAAAGUGGUUUAGUCUGUGAUUGCAGACAUUCAGUCUGUUAGUUAAGUAAUUAUUGUAUGUGGACACCCCUUACUGUGAACAGGCCUGAAUUGCACAGUGGCUCAAUUAUCUCGCUGAAUCCUGCUUGUAGAUUGAUGUUAGCAUUAACAUUGCCGGCUUCACUAACAAAGGCAAAAACCUACUGCUGACGCAGUGUUAAGCUAAUUUCUGUUGCCUAUGUCUUUCUGUGAAUGUGUCCCUGUUGCAUGGUAUGUAGUUGAUUGCACGAAACAUUUGACCAAUAUGUUGUUAAACCGCUGCAUUUGUAUAAAAGACUGGUUUGACUGUGGAACUCCUGUUAGCCUUGUUCAGCAGGUUUAUGACAGCCCAUCAAAUCACUAUCAUACACCACACAGACAAAAACAUAUCAAUGACAAUACCAAAUAUACAAAAACAAGAGAGGCAAAGGCAGCAGAACAAAUGUUCAAACUUAAACCUGCUGAUGACAAACGGAGUAACAACGUACAGUAGCUGUUCAGUCACACUUUGUUUGUAGUCUGACAGCAGAGAGAGGAGGAAGGAGAGAUUUUUCAUUUUUCCCAUUGUGUUUCACUGUGAAUGGUAAUAUUUUAGAGAACAAUCAGAAAAUGGCAUGUGUAUUAAAACUCAUUGUCUUUGGGGAGGGCACUCCUAAGCAGUGUUGUCAAAUGUACCCACAUUGUGUUAGCCUGAGGCGACUCCUCUGAUUGAGAACUGUGCCACAUUGGGGUACACUUGAAGACAUGCAGCGUGCAGCUCAUUGUAAUAGUUACUUUUGCUUACAAUAUUACAGAAUAGGCCUUCUGACCCAACAUCACGGUCUAGUUUUUUUUCAUCCAGAUCAUUUUUCCAGCUUGGUUGCUAUAUGCAGUUAUUUCAAUUUAAUUUUCACACAUCAACUUUUCCAACAGAUUUUCAUAAUGAACAGAUGCUAGUAGCAUUUUAAACCUUUGCGACUGUUAAAAAAAAAAAAAAAAAGGCUAUGGCCAUUCAUUUUUAGAUUUGUAAUAAUCUCUGUUUUAGAGUUUGAACUUAACACAUGAGAACGACCAGACUUUCAGCACAAGAAAUUGUUCUCUACAGUUCUCUGGGAAAACUGAAUUAAUUGUUUGAAAAUUGAUGUUGCACUUUUGAAAGGGAUAUUACACUAUUUAUCUGCUGUUGUGUGGUGUUUUUUCAAACAUGAUCUGAUGAUUAUUUUAUUGUUAUAGAGGAAUUAUCUGAUUGGACUCAACUUCUGUGAAUAAAUUGAAAACGUGUUAUACCAUUCAA